GCGAUUUCAUUUCGAGUUGCGAGUUCACCUGUAUCUUGUACAGGUAAAGUCGUGUGUUUAUGUCGCGUUGAGUUGUGUUUUUUUUUUCUAUUUGUACGUUGAUUAUUUUUAAAAAACUGAGAUUGUAUUUUAUUGUGACUUUUGUUUUGGUUUGUGAAUGGAUUUAGUGGUGUUUUAAACUUUUAUUAAUAGUUCGGAGUGAAUUUUGAGUGCAUUUUUGAUCGUUUAGUUUGCUUUUGGAACAUUUUAAUUGAUUUAUUGAGCUGAAGAUUCAAGAAAAACAGUAGUUAUUUGACGGGGCAAGGAAUUGCCCUAGUAACUCGGAUCGCUCCAAGCAUGAUCUACAAUAUUAGGCCUAAUUCACGACCUAGUACAAUAACAAAGGAAUACUUCGUUCUUAGAUUUUAGAAUAUGGAGUAUUCGAAACAGAUUCGCCGAACCAAGAUGUAAGAAGGAAGAAAAAACCAGGCGCUCAAGUCAUGUAAUGCCAAGUCUGGUGAUACCGGAGCAUGGGCAACUCAGGGAGUGGCCAUCAGCAACAAGCGACUCUCGUCGAAGGGCCUCCUCAUUCGUGGGCUCAUUCCUUCCCACGAACAACAUCUUUCAAAGUAUUACCCGACCGGAUACCCGGUCAGAAACUUCGUCUUACUGAUAAUGGAGCCAUUUUACACAACGGCGGUACCAUAAGUGGUCGUAAACCGUAUGCUUUUGAGCCUCCGGUACAGGGAUUCCGUAACGGUGGCUUUCAAAAUGGCCAAGAUUACCGGCGAACAUUAUACGGCAGCGAGCCGGACCUGCGUUACACAAGAGAUACACGAGACGCAAAACGCAACUAUAUGCCUCAAACCAACCAAACUUAUUAUAACAAUAAUAACGAUAAUUCUGUAAAAGCUCGCAUUGGCAGAUCGAGAAAGAAAUACAAAGCCCCUCCGGCGCCGCAUAAUAAUAGCGCUGAUAGUUCAUCUCCAGAUUCGUAUCAUCGAUGGGAAACCUCGGCCGAUAGUUCGGACGUUACUACGCCAUCCAGAAGGUCUCGAUUAUUCAAAACCAGGGCCGAAACUAAACGUCCGUCGUUUGAUCAUGGUGCGGUCAAUAAAUAUGCACCGAAUUCGUACUCGCAAAUGUACAAAGGUCAAGUACCAGGCCAGCUGCAGCGUAGUUUGUCAUCACCUCAGUUCCAAGACGAACUCACAGCAAAACUGCGAGAACGAGCCAUACGGGAACCACCGGUCGGUAAAGCUGCCGAUAGUCCGCAUAAUUCGCCAGUUCUACGUUCCAAAGAGAACAUCUCUCAGGCCAAAAAACCAGUUUCCAAAUCGCACGCUUCCGAUUUAAGGAAGCCCAAUGGAAAGGCACACAAUGUGCCGGAAAAGUUACCUUUGAAAAAUGGCAUCAAGUCUAAUGCCAAUAACGUUAAUCACUCGUCGAACGCUUAUCGAAGUCGACCGCCCAAAGAUGCGAAUAAAAGGAACGAUAUCGAGCAACGAAAUCAUUCCAAAGCUCCCGUACAAAAUGGAGUCUCGUCGGAAAAAUUCGCUCAUCGGAAAGUCACCGAGAAAAAAGAACCAGAAAAAAAACAAGAAAAACCAUCCGCUCCGGUGAAAAAAUUCUACUUCGGUAUGGAAUCCGACGCCCAGCAACCCGAACCACUCGUGAACGGAGACACGAACGAAAUCGUCGAUAAGUUCGCCGAAACGUUGAAAAAAUCACCAGCAGUAGUCAGCAAUACCUCGCCAUCGGAGAGUUUUUCCAGCGAACCGACCAACGACGAUAGUUCGGCCGGAAUCUCGUUGAAACUGCGGCCAACGCUUCCUCGCAAACAACUAGACAUACCUAGGUUCAGUCCGACCGCAGCGUGGCGAUUACUAUCCGCAUUGGAAAGUCCGGUGCAUAGCGAAGAAGAUGAUUUAAUGCUGAUCGAAGAACAAAUACCGCAUCCUCACGCCGGCCAUCAUCAAUUAACCGAUAAAUCGGGCGAUAGCGGUAUUUCGGGCGACGCCAGUCCGCAGCAUCAAGACUCCACUCAUAACUCGCAGGUUGCAUGGACUCCUCAGCAAGAUUUGGAAGAAACCAGUUCCGAUGGAGGGCUCGAAUCAGCGCCCGUUUCUCCCGAAAGCAUCGGUACGGCUAAAUUUUCACCGAGGUUUUCGUUAUCUCUGCCCAGGGAUGAAAGAGUGCCACCGUAUCCUUAUUCUGAUAAGAUCCCUUCAGAAAUAUUUCCGUCGUCGAGUUUUCAAAAUUUAAAGAAACUCAAACGAUCAGUAAGCGGUGCAUUAGGAAGGAAUAAGGAAGUAGCUGCGGUUUCAUCACUAGAUGAAAAUUGGCUACUUAGCAGAAGCGUGCCAAAUUUAUUUCAUAAUUCAUACGCGAAUCGUUGGAGUGAUACGAGUCCAUCUUCUGGCGAUCAGGAUGAUGAUCCAGCAUGUUCGGUGGGGAAACCUCCUUCUUUUUCAUAUUUAGCUAAUGGCGGCCAUAUUAUGUAUUUACCAGAGUAUAAAAAUACCAAACAACAAAGAGAACGAAAAGUUCCAAAUUUAACUCAGAUGUCAAAAUCAUGCGAAGACCUGACGAGGCAUCAAGUUGAAAAAUCCAACCAUAUGAGCAACAUGUCAUCGAGCCCAAAUCCUAGCAAUAGCAGUAAUAGCAAUAGAACAAAGUCAAGUCGUAAAUUCACCUUUCAAAGUACAAUUAGACAAAUCGAAAGGAAAAGGAUAGCGGAGAAAUUAUCAAAAGAAGCUGAAGAGAAAGAAAGAAGAAGAUUGCACGAAUUGGAAGCUAUGAAAAAAGUCGAAGAAGAAUUUCAGCGUAAAAGAGAACGAGAAAAGGCUGACAUUAGGCAUCAAUUACGAUUAUACAAUUUAACAGAAGGUGGCAGAGAACAACCCGAUGGCGCUGUUAUUCCUCCCUCACCUCCCGGUACACAAAUUUUAUCCGAGUACCGACAACCUCGAAGGGAUUACAGGGAUUAUACCCCAAUGAGAUCGGAUUUGGACUCGAUAUCUCAUUCAGAUCCUGGAAUUAAAAAAGAAACCGUACAUCCGGAAGUUGUUUAUAAAAUGCCUAAAAAUGCUCAAGUCUACGUUACUCCGCAUCAUUCUAAUUCUGGUAAUGGAAGUUAUCAUUCGCGGGUCGACUCUCCUAAAUCAUUAUCUACGGAUAAUUAUAGGAAAGAUUUUGCUCAAGGUGCCUUACCACGUUCGGUAGCUAGCUCGGAUUCCGAAUUAUCUCAGCCUAAUACCAGGCCUACUUCACGAACGAAACAACGAAGCAGGUCCCAAAGCCCAGAACUCGAUGACGAAGCAAACGAACCAGAAGACUACGAUAUUUCAACGAAUGAAAUCCCCAUCAUCGAUAGUUCUUUAAACAGAAAAGAAUCGUUGAAAAAUUCGCAGCAUAAUAAAGAAUCGGUGCAUAACAAAAUAACACCUCAGCCGUAUAAUCGUAAUAAAACCUAUAAGCCGGUUUUAUUCAAACCAUUCAGUGAUAAAAUUGCUCAAGUUACUUCGUAAAUUAGUUCUUAAAUGUGCGUUAUUUUAAAAACUAGUCGUUCAUAUGUACAUAUUAGGCUAUAAAUCGCGAACAUAUUAUAUUAUUUUUUUUUUAAUGUAAUCAAUUCGCUAUAGAGGUCUAAUUAUGAUUGAACAGUUUGCAUUGUCAUCUUGGUAUUUUUUUUUUUUUUACAUGUUUUAUUUCGAUAGUGCAAUAUUUAAGAAUAAAUAAUACGUACCUGUUCAUGAAGUAUUUAAUUCUUUUUUUGUAUGUACAUUUCUUCUUUUUUUUUCGCUGUUAUUUGUUAUAUUUUCUAACUUACGUUGAAAUAGCGUUAUAAUUUGGAUAAAUAAAAAAUGUUUAGUAUUCUUGCA